CCGCCAGUACAGGUAACUACGCAGGCGCUCGCUCGUAUAACUACAGCAAAUUUUUUGCUUCCAAUUAUCACGCUCACGUUAUCAAUUUGGAUGGAAGCGACUUCUUAUCAAAAAUAGUCUGAAAUAGAAUUCGCGUUAUUAUCGCUACUAUUUUAGGUAUCUUGUCUGAUAUCAUGGUCGAGACUGAUGCGGGCGUUAUUCGCAAUGCGAAAUCUGGACAAAAAUCUUUGCUCGAAAGAUAUGAUAUACCGGUCGAGCAUCUUUCGUAUGAAUACAUUUCCGAAUGUGCGAACACAAAAAAGUUGGAGCGCAUAGUGACUAUACUGCGUUCCGGUGAAGAAGGACACUAUCCAGAUUUACUGAAGCAUGCAGAGAAACGCUUGAGCGUUAUUAAGCCAACUAGUAUAAUAUUAAGAAAGUCUGAACCCAUUCUUAAACGCAAUAUGUUAGAACCGAACGAAUGUAAGGAAAUUGAUAAGGAUAUUGACGAUUGGAUGACUGAAAUGCAGAUUCGUGAAAGAGACUUAGAAGAAGGGAAAACUACAACAUUAGAUUUUCCCCUCAUGCCGGAUAUCCGACAAUUUAAAGAACAAUCUGUAAAGAAAAAAUCUAAAAGAAACUCGAAAAGUGCUAAAAGAAAAACAAUUGCUCCGUGUAAUUACGCUGCUUGGGAUAAAUAUGACGUUGAUACUGAAUUGAAUAAAAUAGAUUUACAAGAUGAACAACAAAAGGUUGAAGCGAAAAAAUUACUGCAGAAACAGAAAAAAAUUAUUCAGGAAAAGAAAUUGCAAAAAAAUGCUAUUAUUAAUAAAGCUGCACUGACAGGAACCGAAUUGGACGUGAUGGCAGAAGAGGAAAAGGGUAAAGGAAACGAAGCUUUCAGAGCUGGAGAUUACGAGGAAGCGUUGGAGCAUUACAAUACUAGCAUAAAUAUGAAUUCAAACAUAAUUGCGUACAACAAUCGCGCGAUGACAUACAUUAAACUUCAGCGGUACAACGAUGCUCUUAAUGACUGUAACAUAGUACUUAGCAUAGAACAUACGAAUAUUAAAGCCCUUCUUCGUCGAGCUAUGAGUUUAGAACAUCUUAAAAAGUUAUCUCAGGCAUUGGCAGACUACGAAGCUGUUUUGAAAUUAGCACCAAACGAUAUAACAGCGAUUGCCGGCGUAAAAAGAUUAAGGAUGUCAUGUGACUCUAGAACAGUAAGAAUGACUAUCGCGGAAGAACAACCAGAAAACAUAAAUAAAAGAUCACAGUCAAAUGAAAUCGAAGAAACUAGAAAUUUUCUUUCGCAGUUUGGCACGAUAUUCAAUAUACCGAGUUACAUAUGUUUUUGUGACAGGGCGCCGGGUCCGUCGCAUUGUUUAAGACCCAGACCACAUAUUAAAGCUGAGUAUUGUUUUGAGAACGAUAACAGAGGGACGACAACAAUUGAAACUUCAAAGAAAUCUGAUAGUGCUCAAAAAGUAAUUAAUUUGAACACUGUGCCGACCAAAAACUCUGUUUCUUCUAACAAUUUUUCUUCCAAUAUACCUAAAGAGUUUCAAGAAAAGAGUAAUCCUGUUUUAGGCACAAAACAGAAAUCAAUUUUUUCUGUCACAAGACCUCCUUGCCAAACUAGUUCAGUUAUUAUUGAGGAAUUACCUAAUGAGCCUAGUAACAAUAAAUACGCGAAUGAUAGAACUAAACCGAACGAAACGGUUGCAAAUAAGAAUACAAAAAUCACGAACAAAAGUCAAACGAACGAUGACGAGCAAGUAGAAGUGCCGAAUGCUAAAAGUUUGAAUAAAAAUAGCGAACAAAGUGGUAAUUCGAACAAGAAAUGUAACAGGAUAUCACGUGGGAAGGUAAAAGUAGCGGCUAAAUGUAAAAAUGAAAUUAGGAAACCGGAAAAAUAUAUUUCGAAGGAUUUUGAGAAUAUUGAAAAUGGAUACGAAUUUAUGCGCAUAUGGCGGUCAUUGAAAAAUGAUACUGACUUAGAAGUAUACGCUCAAUUACUGAGAUCACUAGACGUCAAUAAAUUAAAUUCAAUUUUAGGCAAUGAAAUAAAUGGAAGCAUGUUCAGUACUAUCUUACAUUGUUUGGAACGGUACUUUUGCACUUCCAGUGACACGGAGCUGCUGAAUAAUUUUUUGAAAUCAUUUUGCCAAGUGAAACGUUUCCCAAUCGUGCGUAUGUUCAUGAGCAGUGAAGAUCUGCGAGUUAUUAAUAGAAUACUCAAUUUCCUAGAAGAACAUGGUACAUCAGGAGUUUCGUCACUGCGACGAAUUUAUUGCAUCUAGGAAUACUAAGUGUAUACGCAGUUUAAGAUAUUUUGAAUUUUACAGUGACACUUCCGCCAACUUUAUACGUUUUAGUGAUAAUGCAUAAGAAAAUACACUAUGA